GCACCCCCCGCUGGCGCAUUGUUUACCGCCGCAGCCCCUCAAUGGCAACUCGGGGAGAUAGAUAGUGUGGCCGUCCAUCCAAUAAACCUCCGCUCUCCCCUCCCCGACCCCUGCGGCGCUCCUGAGUUUGACACGGGAGACAAAACCCGCCGGCGAGGAGGACUAUGAAUGGUAAAGCGCCGAGGAGGCCGAGGGGAGAGCAAAGAGGAGGCGGUGUGCCUUUGUAGUCGGGGAGGAAUGCGGAAAUGUCCCCGCUCCGUGUCAAACCUCUCUGAAGGGGGUCAGGCCACAUUCAGCCGGCGUGGGAAAGCCAGGCGGAGACGGAGCUCACACGGCCGAGCGGCAUGGGCCUGUUUAGGGGAUAUACGCUAGCAAAAAAGGGGGGAAACUAAAGAGGAGCGUGGCUUUGGAGGGCUUGUAUCACGCGUUUGCCUUUGUCCUGCGUACCCCGCACCCCCCCCGGUUGAAGCGAGCUUUCGAACAAACCCUCCUCCUCCUCCACCACCCCCGCACCCUCCUCCUCCUCCUCCCCGCGUUUGAGUGUCCCUGCUCGGGCUGGUGCAGUUUGAGGGAUGGGGGGUUAGAGCAUGCACCGUCCAACGACUACCUGUGUGGCCCCCGCAUGGAGGACAGUGAACAGGGGAUGCGUUUGAGCGACUGCUUUUUUUGUCGGAGACCCCAGUGCCUCCUCACCUUAGCGGACAUGCCGACAUAUUGUUGACAACAUAAAACGAGGCAUUGCACGUGCCCGCUUUUCCCCGUGAAUAUGGCUUGGUGAGAAAGUCUGGCUCGUCAGCCUCGCUGGGAAUCCCCGCACUAUUUUCAACGAGAGAGGAGGGAAAAAGGCAAAAUGGACAAAGAAACAAUUGGUACGCAGUAUGAACCUGUGGCGGAGAUUGGAGAAGGUGCCUAUGGAAAAGUGUACAAGGCGAGAGAUUUGAAAAACGGGGGCAGAUUUGUCGCCCUAAAACGAGUUCGGGUCCAGACUGAGGAAGAGGGGAUGCCUCUCUCGACUAUCCGGGAGGUGGCAGUACUGAGGCAGCUUGAGGCGUUUGAGCAUCCUAAUGUUGUCAGGCUUUUUGACGUGUGUACAGUGUCUCGGACUAACCGUGAAACCAAACUCACGCUGGUCUUUGAGCAUGUGGAACAAGACCUGACCACCUACCUAGAGAAAGCACCUGACCCCGGCGUGCCGCCAGAAACUAUUAAGGAUAUGAUGUAUCAGCUGCUCCAGGGUCUGGACUUCCUGCACUCGCAUCGAGUGGUUCACCGUGACCUGAAACCCCAGAAUAUCCUGGUUACCAGCGGAGGACAGAUUAAACUCGCCGACUUCGGUCUCGCUCGCAUCUACAGCUUCCAGAUGGCGCUCACCUCUGUGGUGGUGACUCUGUGGUACCGAGCUCCAGAAGUGUUGCUGCAGUCCAGUUAUGCCACCCCGGUAGACCUGUGGAGUGUUGGCUGCAUCUUUGCUGAGAUGUUCAGAAGAAGACCUCUAUUUCGCGGUAGCUCCGAUGUUGAUCAGCUGGGGAAAAUUUUCGAUGUCGUUGGGGUACCUUCAGCAGAAGACUGGCCCCAGGAAGUGGCCCUACCACAGAGUGCCUUCAGACCACAGCCAGCUAAGCCAAUAGAAGACUUGGUUCCUGACAUAGAUGAGCAAGGGCGGGCCCUCUUAUUGCAAUUCCUUGCAUUCAACCCUUCCAGGAGGAUAUCUGCAUUCGCCGCACUUACUCACCCUUAUUUCCAGAGUGUGGACAGCCUCAGUCGAAGCGUGUACGCGGCGCAGCCCAUCCCCAGCAACAAGCCCACUAUUGAAGAGAGGACUGCCUGAGAGUCCUCAUUGUCCGUGUCCGCAAAAAAGUAUUCCCCGACCACUCGUUGAUUUUCAUCGUGCUUGAGGGAUUCGGUUAAAAUGAUGCAAAAACAAGAAUCCUUGUAUGAUUUUGUGUUUUUUCUUGUCUGUUCCCUGUCAAAAACUCCAUUCACAGGUGGGUAUAUUUAACUCCUAGGAAUGAGGACUCCCUACCCUAAAAAUGCACAAAAGCUAUCCCCCUAUGAACUGAUGAAUUGAAAUCGCUGCUUUUAGGUUCUAAAAAUGUCGAUUGACUACGUUAUCAAUGCAAAGACACUUCUAAGACUGGACCGGUCAACGGACUGUGUUGGAUCGGAGGCCCGUCUUUUCAAUACUUAAAAUGGAUUUUUCUUCUACUUUCUGGACUUGUGAAGCACAAGCCGGCAAACAAAUUGAGUCAUGCCGAACUGCCAUUUUUUUUGCAGGCCUUACAAACGUUUUACUGCCAUCCAGAGGAUGCCCCGAGGAACUGCGGACCAGUAGCAGGAUUCUAAUGGUCUUGGCAACUAUGGGGUCAAGCACACUUAAAGGCAUUUAGAGAUACAUUAACGGCGAUAGACGUCCAAUCUCUUUUGACAGAGAGGGGCCUCCCAGUCCAAAUACAACCCCUAGCUAAAAGUAUGGUCUCUGACGAGCACUCACUCAGACAUUUUAUUAAUCAUUAUGUAGAAAAACUCAGAUAAAAAGCUUGAAAAAAUAAUGAAUUAGUUCAAAAGUGCAACUCCUUGGCAUUCAAAAACACUAAAAGAAAUGAAUAAAAAACAUUUUAGUGGUCAGUAAAUCUUUAUAGAGCAAGUGCAGGGAAAUCAAUAUAAAAUCACUGUAUUCUGAAGGGGAAAAAAAUGAAAUCACUCCAUUUUGAGUAGAAAAUACACACACACAGUCAAUUUCCUUUCCUUAAUUGGGCCCCUGCCAUAGGGGCCGUUUACGUGGUGACUCUCCGAGAAUGGGAAAAAAAUUCAAAUUUGCAUUUGCAUUUGCGUCUCCAUUUGAACAAUGUCGCGAUUCCGCAUGAAAACGAUGUAGUAUUCAUGCCAGGCCCUAGGGGGCAGUGCAGAUUUAUUGCGCGCCAGAGAAGGAUGCACUUUGACCCCACCGUGCUCCCUCAGCCUGGAAAAAAAUAUCCCCGCCCACUUGAGGCAAUGUCAUUUUUCUUUUGUUCAAAAGGGCACAAAAAUUGAAACUUUCAACAUAUUUAAUUUAAAAAUAUUAUUAAAUCAGUAAAUUAAAGCCGACAUUCCGCCAUAUUUGCUGUUUUUAAUGUUUAGUAGCACCGCUGCGCAUGCCCAAUGUGACGUGUACGAGUGCUGACGUAGACAACGCGGUCUCGCGCCGCAGGAGCCUUUGAUAUGCAUGCGGAGGAAGCCCCCCUCAACCCCCCGCAAUCGGAUUCUUCCACUUUGGAGGCAGGAUUCAGAAUUUUUCGUCUUCGCAUUCCGUCUUCGCCGACACCAUAUGCACGCGAGGCGAGUCGGCAACUUAGUCAUUGCGUCUUUGUGUCGCAGAGUCGCCAUGUAAACUGCCCCUCAGAUUAGCUGCUCUUGUCAGCUAGCAGUUAAAAACAGUGCAGUUAUCACACCUUGGAGGGCUGCUGGACCAAGUGGAUUCACUAGAAUCAUGCCUCCAAUAAGAGAGAUGUCUCUUGAGACCAAAGAGAGAAUUAACAAACUUCUUGAAGAAGGUAACGCUACACGUACGGUUGGCAAAGAUUUGGGCUGUUCAGUCAGCUGUAUCAAAAAUCUGGACCAAGUACAAACAGCAAAGCAAGGUUGGUAAAGUUAAGCGUACCGGUAGACCAAGGAAGACAUCCAAACAUCAUGACAAACAACUAAAGGCCAUAUGUCUUGAAGAUGUACAACAAGACAAAUGGAGAAGAAAUGGGAGGAAGCUGGAGUCAAGGUAUGUGACAGAACUGUGCAAAAUCACCUAAAGGAAAUGGGAUUUUCAUACAGGAAAGCUAAAAGGAGACUAUCAUUGACACUUCAACAGAAAAGAACAAGACCGCAAUGGGCUAAGGAGAGGCAAUCAUGGACUGUGAAUGACUGGAUGAAGGUUAUUUUUAGUGAUGAGUCAAGAAUGCAUUGGACAAGGUGAUGAUGCCGGAACUUUAGUUUGGUGCCGUUCCAGUGAGAUUUACAAAUAUGACUGCCUGAAGAAAUCCUCAAAAUUCCCUCAGUCCUUGAUGAUAUGGAGCUGCAUGUCAGGCAAAGGCACUGUGGUUAAAUCUUCAAUAAAUGCAUAAGUUUACAUUGAAAUUUUAGACUGCUUUCUUAUCCCUUCAAUUGAAAAUAUGUUUGGUGAUAAUGAAAUCAUUUUCCAAGAUCACAAUGCAUCAUCCCACAGAGCUAAAACUGUUAAAGCAUUCCUUGGCGAAAGACUCAUCAGGUCAAUGUCAUGGCUUGCAAAUACCCCAGAUCUCAACCCUAUUGAAAACCUGUGGUGGAUAUUGAAAAAAAUGGUCCACAGCAAGGCUCCGACCUGCAAGGAUGAUCUGGCAACUGCAAUCAAAGAGAGAUGGCACCAAAUUGAUGAAGAAUACUGUUUGUCACUUAUUAAGUCCAUGCCUCAGAGACUGCAAGCUGUCAUAAAAGCCAGAGGUGGUGCAAAUAAAUACUACAGAUGUGUUUUGAUCGUUAUUUCUUUGUUUCUCAUGAUUCCAUAUAUUUUUCCUCAGAAUGGAGUGAUUCUAUAUUUACCUGCAUUUGCUUUAUAAAAGUAACAUUUACUGACCACCACAAGUGUUUCUGAAUGCUAAAGAGUUGCACUUUUGAACUAAUUCAUUAUUUUUUUUAAGUUUCUUAUCUGAGUUUGUUCUCCAUGAUAAAAUGUCUGUGUGAGUGCUCGUCCGAGACUGGUGAUUCCAUACUUUUUGCUUGGGGUUGUAGAUUGGACGUCUAUCGCUGAUGAGUUCGCAACUCCUUCACUGCCAUUCACGGUGAUAGAUGGAUUGAUGAUGAGGUUCACCGCUUUGUAAACAAGUGCGUGAGUAAAUAUUACGAUCUCACUAAUGACAGUAAUGAACGCAUCAGUACAUUCGGCGUAGAAUAUUCUAUAUUUAAUUUUAUCGUUAAGUCUUAUAUGCAUGAUUUAUCAAGUUGGGUACUUGAUUCAGAAUAUGCCGGAACCUGUGUAAGGAUAGAAUGACAAUGUAAGGAAUGUAAAACAAACAAAAAAAUGGCUAGAUGACUGUUGUACUGUUCGUAGUGCAGCAAUUAUAGAUGUUCGAUAUUUGCAUUGUCAACCCUUAGAAAUGUCACGAAAGUGCAUCAGGUAGCAUAGCGAGGGUCAGUGGAAUGUCGUACGGUGAGAGUAUUUUGUCGAAAAUGUCUGGCGGGUUCUGCGGGUGCUUUUUUUUUUUUUUUUUUAAAUAAUGCACAAAUAUCUUUUUUUUUUUUUUCCCCAACAUUUUUAUAGGUAUGUCCCACAUUUUUUUACCAGCAAGAAAACAGCAAGUGGCAGAGAUGUAUUUUUCUAUAUUAGUAGAACAGUAACAUACUUUUAACACUGGUGUACCCUCUCUUAACUGGUCGUGCUGCUCACACAUACGCACACUUUCACAAAAAAAUUCAUUCCUUUCUCAGGUUUUUGGGUGUCCAAACCUUUCGCACAGUUUGCACAUCCUCGGCUACUAACUGACCACAUUACAACUCCUUCAGGUUCUGUCAAAUGAUCACGUCAUUGAUCAUAUCCUACUGUCCUAUUUAUCAAGUAUGUUACUGUAGUCAUGACUGUCUGAGUAUAACUGCCUGUAUGAACUGUUUUGUCAGAAAAGGUAACAUUUUAUUGCAAAUUGGUGGACAUAACCGCGAUUUAUUAUCAGCUCGACUAAGCACUGUGUGAACGUUCUGUCUGGAAAUGACUCGUAUAUUUUGUCAGUGACAUUCAAUGCAAUUGUUUCCAUUUAUAGAGGUUUUGGUAAUGACUGCUUUAGUCUUUUUAACUUGAUACAAUCACUGUAUAUUACUUCUUAGCCAGUAACAGUAUCACAUUUCAAGUAAGUCAAACUGAAUUUGAGCUUUUUGAGGUUUCGCUUGAUAUCCAUGUUGUAACCCAAAUCACACUCGUUUCCGCGUCACAUUUUCUAGCACAUCAAAUUGGGACUCGGAACAAAACAGUCAUGGUAUUAUUGUAUGAAUUCAAGAUUUGGUGUCUUAUUAUUGUUUACACCAGCUCAAUAAAAAGCCGCUUUUUUAAAAAGGUUUGGUUGGAU